CUGUGAUUUCGGCACCUAGUAUGGAGAAUUCAACAACUGUUAUCUCGAUCCUUCCAAGUAUCAACAGUACAGAGGAACCAUUUAAGGUGUAUAAGUAUUAUUAUAUGAGGGUUAUUCUAGCCACUUUGUGCAUCGUAUCGUCCGUCUUCGGCGUUGUCGGUAACACCUUGGUCAUCUGUGCUGUUCCGCUCUCCAAGAAACUCCGCACUGUAACCAAUGUCUUUAUCGUCAACCUCAGCGUGAGUGACUUGAUGGCUUGCACGUUUCUGCCAUGGCAGGCAGUAAGCGUACUAAGCGAAGACGGCUGGCCACUUCCACAAGCCUACUGGCUCUGUGUUGUCACCAGUGCGGUAUUUUGUCUCAGCAUCUGUUGCAGUGUCACCAACUUGGCUCUCAUAGCGCUGAAUAGGUGGAUCGGCAUCACAAAAUCCGCUGCGACAACUCGCCGCAUUUACACCAGCCGUAACAUCGCCUGUAUGAUAGCUUUGUCUUGGGCUGUACCCUUCGUUUUAUCCAUUAUGUUACCCUUACUUGGCAUUGGUGAAAUUGGCUACGAACCACUGUACAGCGUUUGCUCCUGGGUGAAAGGCAAUGAAUAUUCGCUUCUGCAUAACAUUUUAAUCAUCGUUUUCUUUUUUCCGGCCCCUCUUGCUGUUAUUUCGCUUUGCUACAUCUCGAUUUUCCGGUACGUGCUCAAGACAUCCCGCCGUCUGGCCCGUCAAGACAUACCGAGCGUCUCCGAUGCGGUGAGCGGAGCUGAUCGUGCAAUGCGCAAGAAGCUUUGGAAGAGGCAGAUUGCGGUCACUAAGAAUCUCGUCUACAUCGUUUUGGCCUACGUCAUCUGCAUCACGCCGUUUGCCGUGUCUGUCAUCCCUCUAGGAUACGAGUGGAGCAUCCGACUGACUCCCUACGCCGGGGCGAUCCUCUUCUUCAACAGCUGUGUCAAUCCUAUCAUCUAUGCCACAUCUCACCCUGACUUCAAGGAAGCCUUUGGAUUCAUGGUUCGUUGUCAGUGCACAACGAAACCCCAAAGCCGCGCACAGUCUCUCCAGCUCAAUACGAGAAACCAAAACAAAUGAAUCCAAAGUAACGCCAUGCAUUCGGCGGAUGAUGACUUCAAGAAAUUCAUCUCGUUAUUCAGUGUGGCUGCAGGGGUGUGUUGCUGUAGAAGAGGUUAUGGAAAUUAAGGUGUUCAUUUACAGCUAGGACGUGCACAAAAGCUGAAGGGGGAUUAGGCUGAUAACAUAUAUGCCAAUUAUAUUUGUAACGAAUAAGGUCACAUUGGUAAGUGAAGCAUUGCACGACCUUAGAGCUAUAAAAAAGAAGUGUUGAAAAUGAGAUAUCUUUCAGUGAACUGAAUUCUUCAUUUUUUCUUGUGUUAUUCAUGUAAAAGUGAGCAGACGUGGAUGUUUAUACUCAUAUAG